UAAUAUAAGCCGUUGAUCUCGAUGAACAGCCGCGUUAUACCCUCCCACGAAACCCUAGCCUCUACAACACACUCGGGGUCUGAUCUGAGUCCUCUCUCUUGCUCGUCAAGUGUUUGCCGGCGGUUCCAUCACAGCAAGAAGCUCUAAAAAUAAUUCAUGGGUAAGGUUCACGGAUCGCUGGCACGUGCCGGAAAGGUGAGGGGUCAGACUCCAAAGGUGGCCAAGCAGGACAAGAAGAAGAAGCCGCGAGGCCGCGCCCACAAGCGUAUGCAGUACAAUCGCCGCUUCGUCACCGCCGGGAACAAUUGGCUUCAUGAUGUUAAGGGAUUCCAGUUCUUUACAAGAAAACUUGCCAACAUGUGUCAACAACUCAAGGGCUUGUUCCUUAUCACUAAGCUGAGCCUCAUAAGAGAGGUUUUGCGUUUUACAUCCUCUACAAUAGGAAGCAUGCUCACAAGGGGCAUCAACAAAGUCCCAGCGAGGAGAUAUUGUCUUUAAUUUAGUCACCUGCACUUUUUACAAAAUUGAAACGGGAAAAUUUAUGUCACUGUAUAUUUCAAAAAACUGAAGAAAGAAACAUUGAAAGAAUGAGAGAGGGAAGGAAGGAUGGAUACACAUGAGGACAGAUUAAUGAAGGGUUCUAAGCA